AUGGCUGCUAGUUCUGUAAUCAAUAAUCCAUCUGAAGCUUCCCUGAAAAUUUGGGAGGGAUCAGACCAAGAUAUAGAAGAAGAGGAAUGAUAUCCUCAGGUUCCUAAACACACGAACCAGUUUAGAAAUCUGCUGAGGUAUAAUAAAGGAAGAGCUAAUAGAGAUGACUUCCAGGAAGACUCAUGAAUACAUCCGGGUUAUAGACAUAAGAAUUUGAGGUGAAGUAGGGGUGAACUUGACACGCGAGGUUCUAAGCAGCAGAUAAAAAGGAGGCCUAAAAGGAAGCUGAAGGACUUCAAACCUAACACGUAUGAUUCUAAGGCCUGUGCAACGUGGAGAGUACUUCAUCUUAGGGAGAAAGAUAGUAAAUUGCUAAGGAAAGUGCCUUCGAAUGAGAUUCUGAAAGUUUUGCUGAUUUAGUCAGCAUAUAAUAAAA